AUGGCCGAAGGUGUAGUGGAAUUAAUUUGCGAGCAAGCUGCGUUGGUAGACUCGGUGAAGCGUAUGUUGGAAAAGUUCAAAAAUGAUGAGACCAGUAAAUCUGAAGCGCAUAUGGAGGCUAGAUUGGAAGCUAUGACCACGGUACAUGCGGAAUUUCGCGCGAAUCAUCGUAAGCUGAUACGGUCGGAGGAUGAUUUGGUGAAGCCGGGUUAUUUGGAGGUGGAUCUUGAAGGGCAGUUUGAAGAAGCGUAUAUCGUUUGUGUCGCGCAAAUUCGAACGGAAUUAAACAUCUCGAGAGGUCGGAUUCUUGCAUCAACGCUCAUCUCAUCCGGUGAAGUGCAGCGAAAUGGGUCCACCGAACCUACUGGUGUUAGCGGGUCAGCCGGUGUUGAAGAGGUUAAACUUCCUAGAGUGAAACUACCCAUGUUCAGUGGAGAAUUUGUGGAUUGGCCGGCAUUUAAGGACAUGUUUGAAGCUCGGGUCCAUAAUUGUCCUAGACUCACGGAUUUGCAUCGAUUUCACUACCUCAAAGAUUCUCUUUCAGAUGAAGCGAAAAGGGAUAUACAACACCUUACUCUGAUAGAAUCUAAUUACAGUGUAGCUUGGCAAAUGUUGUUGAAAUUGUAUGAUAAUAAGCGAGUGUUGUUUCAGCAUUAUAUGCAGGUUCUCGAGCAACAGCCCAUGGUCCGUAACGACGACCCUGUGUCGCUAAAAGGGUUUUUGCAAACUUGUCGUUCAUGCAUUAAAUCGCUGGAGAAGGUGGGGGUGGAUCUCACCCAUCAGAGCCACAUUUUGGUAUACCUGAUGACGAAGAAGCUGCCAGCGCAGAUACGAUUGGAUUGGGAAAAAUCGAUAGCUCAAUCGCAAGAAUUACCAACUUUCGAGGAGCUGUCUACCCAGCUAGACGGUCAGUAUAGGACGAUGGUCACGACAGCCUCAGCUGACAGAGUGUUGUCAUCGAACAAGGAGAGUAAAGGCGCUGCUGGGUCCGGCGUAAAACGCAGGGAUGUUAAAUCUUCAUUUGUUGCCCGAUCGGUGGAUCAAUGCGCAGUCUGUGGAACUGAAGGUCAUUCCAUAGUCGACUGCAAGGUAUUUGGAGGCAUGAAUGUAACAGACCGGCGGGCAUCGGUGAUGAAGUAUCGCUUGUGUUUCAAUUGUUUGGGAAGCAACCAUCAGUCUCGCAGGUGCAGGCUAAAAAACAAUUGUUCGAUUUGCACAGACCGACACCACACUCUUGUCCAUGUGAAGCGUCAAAUAAGGGAUUCUGGGGAUCAGGUGCAACAGAUCACGUCGAAUGUCAUAAAUGGUGCGCCCGCUAUAGGAACGCAAAAAUAUGAGGUACUGCUGCCUACGGCGUUGGUCACCAUUGAGUCAUCAGAAGGCUUCCCGUUGCAAUUUAGGGCAUUCUUAGACCAAGGAUCGCAAGCUUCGUUUGUAUCGGAAAACGUAGCGCAAAGACUAGGAUUGUGUCGACAAAAGACACAUUUAAAGGUAAACGGGUUAUCCAAUGCGCGGAUUACGGAAGCAUCCUCUUCAGUUCUGUUGAAAAUCGGAUCACGGUUUGAACCGCAAGUGAAGUACAAUGUCACAGCGUGGUCCAGGAUGAUUCAUCUGCGGAAUUGGAAGGGUUGCUCCGACGGUUCUGGGAGCUUGAGCAGUAUGAGCAAGAAGCUGGAGGAUUAUCGAAUGAAGAACAAUGGUGUGAGGAACAUUUUCUAG